AUGACAUCCAUCAACGACCUCGCAACCGCCGCCAUCGCCUCGUCCGCCGUCGAGCUGGCGAAGCGGCCGUCCGGCAAGACGACGCAGGUUAAGCUCCUGGAGCAGCGCUUUGUCGAGCUGGGGCGCAAGGUUAAGGUCAUGCGGUUUCCGGACCGGACCACCCCGAUUGGGGAAAUGAUCGACGGCUAUCUCAAGAGCCAGGUCGACAUGGACGACCACGUCAUCCACCUGCUCUUUAGUGCAAAUCGGUGGGAAGCAGUAAAAACAAUCACGUCCCUCCUCGCCUCGGGCACGACGGUCGUGUGCGACCGCUACUACCACAGCGGCAUCGUCUACAGCGCCGCCAAGGGCAACCCGGCCCUGACGCUGCCCUGGGCGCGCGCGCCCGAGGUCGGCCUGCCGCGCCCGGACCUGGUGCUGUUCCUGGACCUGGACGAGGGCCAGGCCCGCGCCCGCGGCGGCUGGGGCGGCGAGGCCUACGAGCGCGCCGGGAUGCAGCGCCGCGUCCGCGAGCUGUUUUGGGGCCUGAGCAUGGGCCGCGUGGAGCUGUCUGGGGAGGGGGCGUCGCCACAGACGGUGGCGGCGGUGGUGUCGGAGCUGCGGUUCCGGCAAGAAGAAGAAGAUUUGCACGUCGUCGACGCCAGCCCGUCGGUCGAGGACGUCGCCGAGGAAAUAUGGAAGGUCGUGAGGCCCCGCGUUGAGGCGGUCGAGAGGGGCGAGGUUGGGAGGACGGUCCGGAAGGUCUCGUAG